AGGGAGGGUGACGUGACGUGUAUGCAGCGGGACACAGCACAACCCAUGGACACCUUGAACGCCUCCGCCAAGCCCUAAACGCAUAUAGCAAGCACCAGCCUGGUAUUUUACGACAUACGACCACACGCCUCGUACACACACAUGGGACUUCAUCUCCCGACAUCCCAGUACGUUCCUACUCGCGGCCAGUUUUCUAAACACACACAUGCACCAGGUUCCAGUGGCUCAGGGCGCCAUGCGCUCACUGCAUGCGGGAACCGACGUGGAGCGCAUCGCUGACUUCGUGCAUGGGGCGGACGGUUUGGGAGGCAUCGACCUGCCGCCACCGCGGGGCCGCCCCGCCGACUGCUCCGCUGCCGAGUUCAUCGUUCGCGCCUGCUCCGCGCACCCGGGCCGCGUGACGCUGCUGGCGCUGGCGCCGCUGACCAACAUCGCGCAGGCGCUCAUGCUGGACCCGCAGCUGGGCGACAAGUGGGCCGAGCUGGUGGUGCUGGGGGGAGCCUUCUUCACAAGUGGCAACGUGAACCCCGCCGCCGAGGCCAACGUGUUCGGCGACCCGGAUGCUGCAGACCUGGUGCUGGGCGCCUCCCCCCGCACCCGCCUCAUCGGGCUGGACGUCACCACCCGCUGCACCCUGAGCGGGCAGCAGCUGCAGGACUUGCGGGGGGCCGGCAAGUACGGCAGCUUCGUGGCCGACAUAUCCCAGUUCUACCUCAACUUCCACAGGGAGUGGUACGACAUGGACGCGAUCCACCUGCACGACCCGGCGGCCAUGGCGGCCGUGUUGCGUCCUGAGCUGUUCGAGUGGCGGCGCGGGGCGGUGCGGGUGGCGUGCGAGGGGGUCACGCGGGGGCAGACGGUUGUGGAUGUCAGCGUCAAGGGCUACCACGGACACAACGGCUGGACCGACCGACCCAAGCUGCAGGUGGCCCUGGGGCUGCGGGAGGAGCAGGUGGUGGGGCUCAUACGGGAGAGGCUGACGGCGUGAGGGAGCGGCGCGGUGCUGUGAAGCAGGCGGCGGUGGCUGUAGGCCUGUAGCGUGUUGCGAAACAGGCUGUGGCUGUAGCGUGCUGUGAAGCAGGCUUUGAUGUAAGUCAUAACGGGGUACGGCUGGGAACACAUCAUGAUGCAUGGCACGAUGCAUGGCAUUUGUACUUUAUGUUUCAACUUAACUUGCUGUCUGAUGGACCAUCACUAGCUGCCAGGUUCGGCUGGGCAAGUAGCUAUGUUGCAACACGGCUUCUGUAAAGUGCAUUUUGGAAAAGCUGUGGUCAUAAAGGGAUCUGCUUAAACUAGAUAGAGCCUAUUGUCCGCACGUUAGCGCUGAUUUCCUGCGCUGAACUGUUCACGUCGCGCGUGAAGGUGCACAGGGCUUCGGCUUCCUUGGACAUCAAGCCUGAAACAUCUUGCUGCUCACGAAACUCUUAACAGGCCAAUAGGUGAUAGCUGAAUUCCUCGUCUGUACGUGGCCCCUGCGUCUUCUUGGCCGGAUAAGUAGCGAGGUUGUACUACAUGCUGCUUUCCGAUUGCUGUCAUUGCCAAGCCAAUUAGGAGAGCGAAGCAGAGAUCUUGUACAUCAAUAAUUCUGCUAAAUUUGGGCUAGGCAAUUUGGGAUAGGCAAUAUCUCUGCAUCUGUUCAAGUGGUUAACGCAUGCCUGACCAAGAGUUGCCUGACCAAGCAAGUUAUCCACUUCCUGCCAGCAAGCCGCGCAUCAUGGCUACAUCACACUCAGUACCGACUUCAACAGCCGCCGCUAGCUCCAACUCGGACCUCGAACGGCUCCUGUCAGCGCGGCAAUGGGUGCCAGCAGUGCAACUGGCGCGCCAACGCAUCGCUCGCGACCCAUGGGACGUUGCUGCCUGGUCAGGCCUCUCCCGAGCGUUACUGGAGGGGCUACGGGAGCCUGAGGCCGCCUACACAGCCUGCUGCAAAGCCCUAACUGCGAUUGCGAAGCAGCAUGGCUCCCAAGCGCUCAUACAAACCCUCGCUGCUCGGCGCUUCGACUGCCUGUCAGCAAUAGCGCGCGGCGACAGCACUGCCGUACAAGCCAGGUGGGCCCGCUCCGGGCUGGAGGCAGCAAGUACGACAGCUGCAUCAUCCGCUACGAGCGUGGGUCCUUGUAGCAACUCUAGCGCUAGCAGCUAUAGCUGCGGCAGCAGCAGUAGCAGCGGUGUCGUGGGCGGCAGUAGCGCUAGCAGUAGCAGCUGUAACAGGAGCAGUGGUGGCGGAAGCAGCAGCAGCGGUGGCAGCGGUCGUACCGCAGCUAGCAGCAGCAGCAGCAAUGGCACUGGCAGUAAGGGCACCGAGAAGCAGAGUCGGCAAACUUUACCGCGUAUUUUCGCGCUCUCCGACCUGCAUGCGGAUGCUCGUACGGCGCAUUACGGCAGUACGACACAUAUGGACCUGUUACGGCGGAUUAGCAAGACACGGUUCCGCAAUGACGUGCUGCUUGUUGCAGGUGACGUGGCUGACACGCUGCCGGCCACGCGGGAGGCCCUGAAGCUGCUGAAGGAGCGCUUUGGCCGCGUGUUCUACGUGCCGGGCAACCACUGCUUGUGGCUGCGGCCGGGGCUGGAGGAGGGGUCCUACCCGGAUUCCUUCGCCAAGCUGUGGGCGCUGCUGGCGGCCUGCGACGAGGUGGGCGUGGAGACGGUGGCGGCGGAGGUGGCGCGGGGGGUGCUGGUGGUGCCACUGCUUUCCUGGUACAACGCCGCUUUUGAUGAGGGCGACCCCAGACCUGGGCGACUGCGCUUCGACAGCUACUGCCGCUGGCCGCUGAGCGAUCUGGAUGUGUGGCAGGUGAUGCUGCGACUCAACGACGCCACCCUCGCUCGCGUCAGCAAAUGGCGCCAGCAGCAACAGCAGCAGGAACAGCAACGACAGCAACAGCCGCGGAAGCCAUUUACGCAGCGGCAUGAAGGAACCGGGCAGCCUGGCAGCAGUGGUGGAGUCAACAACAGCAGCAGCAGCACCGGUGGUGGUUCCGGCACGGCGGCGCUGCCUUCAGAGCUAGCUCGAUUGAGUUUGGCGGAAAAAGCACAACAACCGGAAGCAGCAGCGGCACAGAGCGGCAGCCCAUCACACAAUGAGGCUACCGGCAGUAGUAGCACGCGGCACACAGGGUCCCCAUGCCCCAUGCGCAUGGAACCCGCGGGUGGCGGGGACAUCAGUGGCGACGCAAACAGCUGCGGCGUGGAUGGCGUGGAGGGGGAAGGGCCUCCGCUGGUGAUCACCAUGAGCCAUUUCCUGCCACACCCGGGGCUACCCUUCCCCCGCAUGCAACGCGAGAUGGCCAAGGCUGUGGGCUGCCAGGAGCUGCAGCUGCUGCUAGAGCGCUUGGGAUCUGCAGUACAUGUGUACGGCCACACGCACAUGGAGUACGACAAGAUGUUGGGCGGUACGGCAACGGGUCUGGCGAAGCACCCGCCGCAGCAGAAGCAGCGGGAGGAGGGUGUGGCGGGGCAGCGGCGCUACGUGCAUUGGCCGUUGCAUGGGCAGAGUGGGCCGGUGCUGCGAUGUAUUUGGAGUGAUGGGGAGUUGGUGGGCAAGGAGAUGGAUGCGGCAGCUGCGGGGGACGAGGAUACCGGUAACUGACUGGGUAGGUGCGAGCAACAGCAGGGAUGAAGUUAUCGACAGCGGGCUGCUGCUGUAACACGGUGCAGCGUUUCUGCGAGGUCUGUCGGGCCCCACAAUGCCCUACGGGGUCCGGCAAUGGGCAGAGAUUGACAUCAUGACGGUUCCAUGAAAAGCUAGAGGGCUGUUGUCGCCUCGUUUUCAUCUUGCACAUUAGAUGCAGAGUCCCCGGUGGAGUGCCGCCACUGCCUGCACCACGAGCCACUCGGAGCCGAUAUGUAUGGCAUGCCUCCGCUUUCCCUCCGUCCGCUUUCCCUUGCC